GGUGAGUGCCGCUGGUUCGGGAGCGGAUGAGGGGUGCGGGACAAUGUUGUAGCCAAUUAAAGCAAAAAGUGCCUUAUGUUCGGGACCGAAAGAUAAUUUAACGAGCCGUAGCGGUCCCUUGUGAGAUGGGCUGCGGGUCUGGAGCUCGUUGAGGCGAGAGGUAGCUCGGAUUAAUUGCUACUUAUGCUGCGGCUUUGCGCCUGGUCUUGAGCUCUGCGGCAGGUGAGGAGCUGAACCGGGCCGGGCCGCCCUUAUGGAUCGGCAGCAUGGAUGCUUUCAGUUUCCCCUUUAACAGCAGCGGCGGCCCGGACAGCAAAGACGGCGAUGAAGCCGCAGAGCCCCGGCCGGAGUUUGGCCCUGCGGCGGUGGCGACCCCGUCCGGAGCCGGUUACUGGACCGCCGUGUUCGAUUACGAAGCUACCGCCGAGGAUGAGCUCAGUCUGCGGAAGGGGGAUCGGGUGGAGGUGUUAUCCAAGGACUCGCUGGUGUCCGGGGAUGAGGGGUGGUGGACAGGUAUAAUCGAGGACCGGGUCGGUAUUUUCCCUAGUAACUACGUGAGCAGUAACGGCAUCUCGGAGAAGAUUCGGGACACGCCGGAAGACUAUGGCGAUUAUUCGGUGCCUCAGUUACAUUUACUUCAGAUAGAUUUCAGUGAGCUGGCGCUGGAGGAAAUGAUCGGCGUCGGAGGUUUUGGAAAAGUGUACCAUGCCAUUUGGAAAGGGAUGGAGGUGGCAGUGAAAGCUGCUCGACGGGACCCCGACGAGGACGUGUCGCAGACGCUGGAGAGCGUUCGUCAGGAGGCCAAGCUCUUUGCCAUGCUGAGUCACCCCAACAUCAUGGGCCUUCUGGGAGUGUGCCUGCAGGAGCCCAACCUCUGCCUGGUGAUGGAAUAUGCCCGUGGUGGGCCACUCAACCGGGCCCUGGCUGGGAAACGCAUCCCUCCUCACACGCUGGUGGACUGGGCGGUACAGAUUGCAAGAGCCAUGUUGUACCUGCACUGCCAGGCCAUUGUACCCGUCAUCCACAGAGACCUGAAGUCCAGCAACAUCCUGAUUCUGGAACGCGUGGAGAACGACGAUCUGAGCAACAAGACUCUAAAGGUGACAGAUUUUGGUUUGGCUCGGGAGUGGCAUCGAACCACGAAGAUGAGCGCAGCGGGGACGUACGCCUGGAUGGCCCCUGAGGUCAUCCGCUCCUCGACCUUCUCCAAGGGCAGUGAUGUUUGGAGUUAUGGAGUUUUACUGUGGGAGCUGUUGACGGGAGAGGUGCCAUUUCGUGGCAUAGAUGGACUGGCGGUAGCUUAUGGUGUGGCCAUGAACAAACUGUCCCUGCCGAUCCCCUCCACCUGUCCUGAGCCAUUUGCCCGGCUGAUGGAAGACUGUUGGAAUGUGGACCCUCAUGCACGACCCCCCUUCACCAGUAUACUAGACCAGCUGACGGCUAUCGAGGAGUCAGGCUUCUUUGAAAUGCCGGCAGAAUCCUUCCAAUCCCUGCAGGAUGACUGGAAGCUGGAGGUUCAGGAGAUGUUCGAUCAGCUCAGAGCCAAAGAGAAGGAGUUGAGAUCCUGGGAGGAGGAACUGAGUCGUGCAGCUGUACAGCAGAAGUAUCAGGAAGAGGCUUUGCGGCGGCGGGAGCAGGAAUUGGCGGAGAGAGAAAUUCACAUUCUGGAGCGAGAGCUAAAUGUCAUCAUUCACCAGCUGUACCAGGAGAAACCACGAGUUCAAAACCGUCAUGGAAAGUUUCGGCGCAGUCGACUUAAACUGCGUGAUGGGAACCGCAUCAGCCUGCCUUCUGAUUUCCAGCAUAAGAUUACAGUUCAAGCUUCUCCGUCUUUGGACAGAAGGCGGAGCCUCCUGGGCAGUAACUCCACCCCUCCAAACAGCCCCCCUGUUUUGCCACGCCUCCGAGCGAUCCAGUUGACCCCAGGGGUCGGAUGUCAAGCCUGGGGUCGUAAUGCUGCAUUCCAGUAUGAUGAAGAUGAGGAGAGGAAGACUUCACGCAAGAAAGGGAGAACACAAAGGGAACACAGUGCUGAUGAGAGUUUGAGGACUCCUAAAGAGGGCAGUCGUCAGCGUUCCUGCAGUGCUCCAAACCUGCGACGUUCCCCCAGACACAGUCCUGCUGUUCCUGGCGUGUGCAGCCUGGCAGAGACUGAAAAUGAGGACUGCUGCUUCCCAUCGGAGUCAGCUGACUCCCCUGGCCAAUCAUACCUCUGCAUCCCGUUCCACAGGGAUGGAUCCGCUACGGACAGUUACGGCAUGGAGUGCAGCACGACUGGAAUGGCUUCUGACGUUUCCCCCAGUUAUACACGGCGGAGCCCCAGUGGAAGCCGUAGAUCAGAACUGGUGUUGCUGGGCUGCGGGGCUGUUCUGGCUGCUGUGGGUUUAGGUCAAAAUCUAUUGGACCUGGUGCGUGUGGAAGAGACUGUACGUCCGCGAUGGGAAGGGCUGUUUCACCGUAGUGGGGGUCCAAGUCGUGGCGCCAGCCCACCCACAUGCAAACUCUUCAAACGGGAAAGCCCCCGUCGCCCUCCCCCUCUGCCCAUGUCCCUCACACUCCUGUCUCUUUCAUCUGUGUCUGAUUGUAACUCAACCCGAUCUCUUCUGCGCUCAGACAGUGAAGAGCUGCUCGUGCUACGCCCACCUAUGCCCCCUGCUCCGCCCCCUGGACAGACCCCGCCUCCUCUGAACCCACUGGUCAACACCCACCUGGAGAGCUUUAAACGGCACCCUCGACAGUCUCUGACGCCCACACACGUGCCCUCUGCGCCCAGUGCCGCCUGCAGGCUUCAUCGCACACCUUCAGAUGGUGCAAUAAAGAUGGGGUGCCUGUCUGCCCAUAGCAACCACAGUCCUGCCCCUACCACACCCUCCAAAACAACAGUGACUCCGUGGACCUUAAGUGAGGACCCCUCAGAGGUGCCCCGUCUUCCCGAUCCAAAUCUCAUCUUCCCACCUACGCCACGUCGACGCUUCCAACCUGAGCGUCCCAAGACUCUGGACUUCCUGGCUAGGCCCCGCCCCUGUCCACGAGCUCGCUGUGGAUCCCAGUGGGGCGAAUCUCCUGCCCACACGUCCAGCACUGAAACCCCAUCCACUGUGGAGUUUGGAGGAGGUGUGGCUGUCUUGCCCACUCCAAUGGAACCACCAACCCCCUGUUCCCCUUGGGUAAAUGACAGCCUUUUGGACCAACGGGAUGAAGGACAAUACAGGGAUGGGACACGGCCUCUCUCGUCAGAUCCCAGAGACUCACCUUACAGAGUACGACCAGGGUUUUGCUCCUGAUUUCACCUUCACAAAUUUAGACCCACUUGGUUUCAGAUGUAGCACUUAGACUAUCAAGUCAAUGCAAGGGGAGUUCUGGAUACCCUGGAGAAAAAAAACUGCUUAAACCAGAGUAAGAUGGUUAGCUUAUCUUAGCAAACGUAAGGUUUAAGCUGGUUUUAGCUGGUUUAAGCCUGGUCAAGCUAGCUGGGUGGUCAACUUGUCGCCCAAGUGCCCAAAACCCCUCUUAAACCAGCUAAUAGACCAACUUGACUGGACUAGAAGACCAACUAAGACCAGCAAACCAACUUGGUCUGGUUUGAAAUGUUUUUUUUUUUCAGUAUAUGUAUUCACAAUAUUAAGAACUGAUUGUAGUGAUAAGGAUUAAUUACCCAGCAUAAACCAAAGGUGCUUGGUUUUUGCAUAAUCCAGAUGCAGUUAUGGUCUAAUCUAUGUCCAAUUCAAUAUUACAGAUUUUCAACACAUAUAUACACUCCUCAUUUUCUUCCUCGAUAUUUUGCCUUGUUUUCCAGUACAAAUAUCGAA